UGUACGUGAGCCACUAGAGGAGCUCUUCUCGGGCUAGGAGUAGCGUGAGAUCCAGCGACGUGAACGAGGUUAUUCACUUGAAUGUAACAGCUAGCGUGAUGAUGCUAAGCUAGCUGUCAGCCUGGCAUCCACGGGUUUUGCUGCCGAGUUUUAGCUACCAGAUGCUCCCGGUCGUAUCCUGCUGGCCGUCUUGACAUUCCCCUCAACAUUCCUGGACGAAUUCGUGUCGACUGACCAGAGUCCGCGAAUUCAGGUCCACUCCUAAUCUAACCUUUCCCCCCGCUAGCGUGACUUAGCUCACCGGCUAACAAGAGUUCAACACUCGGGAGAACCGGACUGACGAGAGUUCAACUUAAGGACCACACCCAAACAUGUCCCUUCAUCAGUUUCUGUUGGAACCCAUCACCUGCCACGCAUGGAACCGCGACAGGACACAAAUUGCCAUCAGUCCCAAUAACCAUGAAGUUCAUAUCUACAAGAAGAGUGGCAACCAGUGGGUUAAGACCCAUGAACUGAAGGAACACAAUGGCCACAUAACAGGCAUUGACUGGGCUCCCAAAAGUGACCGCAUAGUGACAUGUGGAGCAGACCGUAAUGCCUAUGUGUGGUCCCAGAAGGAGGGGGUAUGGAAGCCCACACUGGUCAUCCUCAGGAUCAACCGAGCGGCCACCUUCGUCAAGUGGUCUCCAUUGGAGAACAAGUUUGCAGUGGGCAGUGGUGCUCGACUCAUCUCUGUCUGCUACUUUGAGUCCGAGAACGAUUGGUGGGUGAGCAAGCACAUCAAAAAGCCAGUUCGCUCCACCAUCCUCAGUCUGGACUGGCAUCCAAACAAUGUCCUGCUGGCUGCUGGCUCAUGUGACUUCAAGUGCAGGGUGUUCUCAGCCUACAUUAAAGAGGUGGAGGAGAAACCAGGCCCCACACCCUGGGGCAGCAAGAUGCCAUUUGGGGCUGUGCUAGCAGAAUUUGGAGGAGCAGGUGGAGGAGGUUGGGUCCACUCUGUCUCUUUCUCAGCUUCUGGUAACCGUCUGGCCUGGGUCAGCCAUGACAGUACUGUCACAGUGGUGGACAGCUCUAAGACUGCCAGUCCUUCACAGCUGAAGACGGAGUUCCUUCCUCUGCUCAGUGUCAUUUUUAUUUCAGAGAACAGUCUAGUAGCUGCGGGUCACGACUGUUGCCCCAUGCUGUUCCGUUGCGACGACGGUGGAGCACUGACGUUUGUGACAAAGCUCGACCUCCCCAAGCAGAGCAUCCAGAGGAACAUCUCUGCCAUGGAGCGUUUCAGGAACAUGGACAAGAGAGCCACCACUGAGGACCGCAACACUGCCCUGGACACACUGCACCAGAACAGCAUCACCCAAGUGUCUAUCUAUGAGGGAGACAAAAGGGAUUGUCGCAAGUUCUGCACCACAGGUAUCGAUGGAGCAAUGACCAUUUGGGACUUCAAGAGUCUAGAAGCUUCUAUCCAGGGUCUCCGCAUCAUGUGAAGAAACCUUUUGAAUGAACGGAGAGACGCUGCGGCCUCACUUCUCCCCCUUUUCCUCCCCUGCCCUCACCCCUCUUGCCCCUUUUCCGUCUCACCCCGGCCCUCCCUCCACUCCCGCGACGCAGCCAGUAACAUACAUACUUUAUCGAGUGUCUGCUGAAGCACUGAUCAGACCAUAACACACUCUUGUGAGUGUGUGCUUACACUCACACACAUACACACUCACUACACACACUGAGCUGACGUGUGACUUCACUGUUGAUUUUUUUUUUUUUCCCCGUUUUGUUUGUUUUUAAACGAAGGUUAACCAGGUGUCAAAGUGGGAAGGUCCUCUGACACGUAUUAGACAUGACGUGAAAUGUGUGUUUUUAUGUUCUCUAACCUCCUGUACCAAAAGUUGAACACUAAAAGGUGCAUUUUAUCCAAAAAUCAGGCUGUAUUCCACCUCAGGCUAACCUUAACAUGCUCUCAGAAUAUCAACAUUUAGUAGACCAAAAGUAGACGUUUUACUGGAGGAUAGUUCGUAUUCUUCAGCGGGCGAAGGUGUUAUCACUAGAACCCGGGGUUACUGAUAUUCUGAGUACAUGUUGCUGGUUGGCUUUUGGGAGUUGUACAGAAUCUGAUGGUGGAGAGAGAAAGCAGCUGUCUGAACUCUGUGUGGAGUGACGGCUGGCCAACACUAGGCUCUGUAGCUCCUACACUAAAACCACACAAGAUGGAGGAUUUCUAUGUAACUGAUCAUGAGGUAGACAUGAAAUAAAGAUGAAAUGCAUUUACAGUACUCAACUCAA